AUGUCUCCUCCUAGUGCCAUCGAUGUCGAUGUCCAGGCCAUUGACGACACCACCGCCAUCACAGUGCCCAACCCACUCACCCUCGACGAUGUUGCUGCCAGACGCGCAGCCACUGGAAAACUAAUCGCUGGCGUUGCCGCCGUAGCCAAUGUCGAGCAAUUCAAAGGCGAGAAGCAGCAUCUGCACAAACCCAAAGCCAAGCGCUGGGACCGUGAGUACUUUGAACUACGAAAGCGUGGAAAGCAUACACUGAUGCAAAGCAAACAUAGANNUCGCCUCAACAUCGAGUCCUCAUCCCGCAAAGGCAACUCCCUGAAAGCCGCAGCCAAGUACCUUAAGAAACCCGGCAUCAUCUCUCUAGGCGGCGGCCUGCCAUCAGCCGAAUACUUCCCCUUCGACGAACUAUCCAUCAAAGUACCGCAACUGGGCCAUUUUUCCGAGAAAGAGACUAGAGACAACGGUGCAGUGCUCACAGCAGGAAAAGCAGAUUUGGCAGAAGACAAGAGUUUGUUCGACAUCACCACUGCCUUUAACUAUGGCCAAGGAAGUGGUUCUGCACAAUUGUUGCGUUAUCUCAUCGAGCACACGGAGAUUGUGCAUAACCCUCCUUAUGCGGAUUGGCAGUGCAAUAUGACCAUUGGAAGUACUUCAGCCUUGGACGUCGCAUUAAGAAUGUUUGCGAAAAGAGGCGAUGUGGUGCUGACCGAAGACUACACUUUUGCAACUGCAGUCGAGACUGCCGCACCAAUGGGUGUGCGAAUGGUAGGCGUAGGUCUCGACAAUGAAGGCCUGCUCCCAAGCUCCCUCGACGAGAUUCUAAGCAAUUGGGACGAAAGCGCUCGUGGAGCCAGAAAGCCNUUUUUGCUGUACACGGUGCCCACAGGCCAAAACCCCACCGGCGCCACCCAAAGCGAACAAAGACGCAGAGACGUGUAUGCAGUAGCCCAAAAACACGACCUCUACAUUUUGGAAGACGAACCAUACUAUUUCCUGCAGAUGCAGCCAUACACAGGUCCAGACUCGCCAGGCGUGCCGCCGCCAAAGACACACGCCGAGUUCCUAAAGUCGCUCGUGCCUUCGUUCUUGUCGAUGGAUACUGACGGUCGCGUCAUGCGUAUGGAUUCGUUUUCCAAGGUUGUUGCGCCUGGAGCCCGUGUUGGCUGGAUCACGGCAUCGCAGCAGAUUGUCGACAGAUUCACCAAGCACAUUGACGUGAGCACUCAGGCUCCCAGCGGUAUCAGCCAGUUGGUUCUGUUCAAACUGCUGGAUGAGCACUGGGGCCACGCAGGUUUCUUGGACUGGCUCGUUCACAUCAGAAUGGAGUAUACACAAAGAAGAGACGUUAUGCUGGGUGCAUGUGAAAAGUACUUGCCCAAGGAAGUCAUGAGCUGGAAGCCGCCAAUGGCUGGCAUGUUCAUCGAGUACGAAAAGCACCCCGACCACAAGAACAAGUCGGUCGCAGAACUCGAAGAGAAGAUCUUCCAGACAAUCGUCGAUCACGGAGCGUUGGUCAUGAAGGGCUCAUGGUUCUACGCCGACAGUCAGGCCAAGCACGACACCAUGUUCUUCAGAUCAACAUACGCAGCUGCACCAUUCGAAAAGAUUGACGAGGCCAUCAAGCGUCUCGGAGACGCGAUCAGAGAGGAGUUCAAGCUAGAGAGCCAGUAG